UAGCGACGCGCGCGAUUGUGCAGGUUCUUUUCGCUAGGCUUGCACGCUGCUCGCAAAAGACACAUUAUCUCACUGUGGGCGGAGCACGGGCCGAAAUAGACAAAGGCGGUCUCCUAAGAACUGGGCUCGAGGCUGAGUUUUUAUAACCUCUACCUCUGCCGCGGGAACUGCCCCCGAACAAAUCCCGUCAUUGACUCGACGACACAAAAAGAUGAAGAAAAGAAGAAUGGCCUGGUAUUGGUUGCUGUCACUACCGCUACUAGCAGCAAUGGCGCUUGGAAAUGCGCCAGGCGGCAGCACAGGGACGUCGGACAUGAAAGGCAGCCCCAUACCAGGAAUUUCAGGCGCUACACUCGGUAGCUCGUCGAAUAUUGAACGGAGAUGGAAAUGCCAAAGACUCGGCAAACUUUCUACAGCUCAAGCACCGAAUCCAAGAUGCUGGUUCUACUGUUUCGACGAGUCCCUGUAUCGAAUCUACCGGUUACCCGAACCGAACGGAGCACCAUGCUUGGUGGACAAGAACUACCCUCAAGGAAAGUGCAGAUAUUCGCGGUGUCGCCAGGCCAACAUGAAAAGAAGAUGGUGGAUUGGCAAAUGGUUCCGCAAGGGCUCUGGCGUCAAGGAAUAAACACGAUAAGCUACACGCAA